CUACAUGACCUGUACUAUAAUAUGUCUGAUAGGUUAACGAUAAAAACAUGAAUGAGUACUGCCAUAUUGCAACAAAUUAUAUAUCGAUUUUUGAUAAGGCUAAAGUGAAUGUCGAGUGUUGUAAAGAUAAAAAGUGGGUCAAUCACCUGACAUGGUUUUGCAGCUCAGCUGAUUAUCUUUAACCUUACUUUUUUGAUGCAAAGUGCGAAAACUAUAGGCUGGUUUGUCUUGCACGAAGUAUUUGUCAUAUUUCAAAAUGGGUAGUGACAACAAACUCGUUCAAUUUAAAGAAUGUAGAAUUCUGAGGGAUCAUAACAUUAUAAACGAAGAUUUGUGGGUCAGAAAUGGAAAAAUAGUCAACCCAGAAAAAAUCUUUUUUGAUGAAAAAAUUACAGCAGAUACUGUGAUUCACUGCAAAAAUAAUAUAAUAGCACCCGGAUUCAUAGAUCUACAAAUCAACGGUGGAUAUGGCUAUGAUUUUUCAUUUGAGGACAAAACUGAAGAAGCAAUCAGCGUUGUAGGAAAAAAACUGUUGAGCCAUGGUGUAACUUCAUACUGUCCUACGGUGGUCACUUCUUCAGUUGAGGUGUACCACAAGAUACUGUCUAAAUUCAAGAGGAAAGAAGGAGGUCUUCAUGGAGCAACUGUACUGGGUACCCACGUUGAAGGACCUUUUAUCAACCCAAAUAAAAAAGGAGCCCACCGUGCCUCUUUUAUCAGAUCAUAUGAACAGGUAAAUGAUAUAUCGGUUAUUGAAGAAACAUAUGGCAGCUUAGAGAAUGUACAGAUAAUUACUUUGGCACCAGAGUUUCCUAAUUCAGGCAGUGUGAUCAAAUAUCUUACAAAUAGAAACAUCAUAGUUUCUUUAGGUCAUUCCACAUCGCAUCUAUCCGAGGCUGAAGAAGCUGUCAGACAUGGAGCAUCGUUAAUCACUCACCUAUUCAACGCAAUGUUACCUUUCCAUCACCGAGAUCCUGGUUUAGUUGGACUACUUGCAUCACAUAACAUUCCUAGAAGUAUAUAUUAUGGAAUUAUAUCUGACCAUGUCCACACCGAUCCUGCUGCCCUAAGGAUAGCUUACAGAGUGAAUCCAAGAGGACUGGUUUUAGUAACAGAUGCCAUAUCAGCUCUGGGCUUAUAUGAAGGAGAACACAAAAUAGGUCCGCUCAAUAUGGAAAUUAGAGAUCAGAAAGCAUAUAUACAAGGAACAGAUACGAUUGCUGGCAGUAUGGCAUCUAUGAUUGAAUGCAUACAGUUUUUUAUGUCGGCCACAGGAUCUCCACCUGAAUAUGCUCUGGAAGCUGCUAGCCUGCAUCCAGCCGAGGUUCUUGGGAUACAGAAGCAGAAGGGAACUCUUAAUUUUGAUGCUGACGCAGAUUUUGUUAUCCUGAAUGAUACCUUCGAUAUCCAGUCUACUUGGAUUGCAGGAGAACGUGUUUUUAGCAUAUAACACGUAUCUUUUUAUACCUUGUCACAAGGAAAUGAAUGUAUUUUCAUAUAUUUUUUAUUAACGUGUUAACAUUUCGCUGAGAAUAAAUGGGUUAAUUAGUUAAUUACAAAAAGUGUCGAAUCUUCAUAAGUUCGUAAUGGUUACAAAGAGGAAACAGAAAACUGGCACACUUCAUCAACUAAUUGUGUUAAUAUUGGUCAAAUUAAAAAUUACGUCUCUCCCUAAAAAAUUUGAAAUUGCGAAAAGCUUUUGCAUAAUUCUGUCUCUCGGCAAUAUUUGGGGAAAUCUAUGUGCCCAAUACGGACGGGGAUCUAUGGUGACGCACUGUGCGUCAGGCCGCAGGACUUGAAGGGGCACUAGAGAAAAUAAAAUAUAAAAUUUUUGCUUCAAAAAUAAUUGCAUUGUAGCACCAACUAUUUGCCUCGCAGACCCUAAAAAUCUUCAAAAUUGUACACAAAAUCAUGCAAAUUUUAAGGUCCAGUGCCACUGCCCCCGCCCCUUGCGGGCGUCCAUGUUGAUGACCAAAAACCAAAAUCUCAUUUUCGCGAUUACAUUUCCUCGCCAAAUUCACAUGAGAAGGAAGAAAACCUGCUUUUCUAAAAAUCAUAAAACGAGUUUAUAAGAUGAAAAUAAAUAACUAAAAAAAAGUCCGCCAGUAUUCCUGCUGAUCCUCAUACUGAAAGAAUGAUCAUCAGAUCAUCAAUUUAAACAUAGUUUUAUACUUAAUUUUUAUGGCAUUAGUUGUAAGUUUUAGUGCUCUUCCGGAAUUCUGUUGAACCUAAAAAAUGUUAAGUUAUAUUACAAUCCAAAAAUCCACAAAUGUUUACCUGAAUACUGCCUACUGUUGUAUCUUUUCUGCUGAUUAUAUUGUUUAUUGUCUAGAGGUUGGCAAUCUGUCUUCAAAAUUUCCUCUAUGUUUCCAUAGCCUUUGAAUUUUACAGCAAAGGUUUUAUCUGUUAUAGCAGUAAUAGUAGC